AUGCGAACGAUCGCUCGGAUAUUAGGGGGUAGCUCCUCCGAGAGUGACACCAAGCCUCUGAAAUGCGCUGUCGAAGAACGAUCCGUUGACGAGUGCCGUCCGCUGCGCGUGGUCGUCAUCGGAUCAGGCAUCUCCGGCAUCCUCGCUUCCAUCCGGUUCAGACAGCGCAUUCCCAACCUCGAUCUGCAGGUGUACGAGAAGAAUGCAGAUAUCGGGGGCACCUGGCUCGAGAACCGGUAUCCAGGAUGUGCCUGUGAUAUCCCUGCUCACACGUACCAGGCGACAUUUGAGCCAAACAAAGAGUGGUCGACCUUCUACGCUGCUGCCCCAGAGAUCCACAAGUACUGGAAGCGCGUGGCGGACAAGUACGGUUGCAUGAAAUACGUCAAGUUCAAACACCAGGUUUGCGAGGCGAUCUGGAACGAGAAAGACAGCAAGUGGAAGCUGCAGGUUGAGGACAUCGACGGCAAGAAGACCAUUCAAGACCAGUGCGAUGUGCUAAUAUCCGCGUCUGGCGCCCUUAACAGCUGGAAGUGGCCACGGAUCCCGGGACUUCAUGAUUUCAAGGGCAAGUUGAUGCACAGUGCGAACUGGGAUGAGAGUUAUGACUAUAGCGGUAAAAGAGUCGCCGUAAUUGGGAACGGAUCCAGCGGAAUCCAAAUCGUCCCUGGAAUGCUGCCAAAGGUAACGCAUAUCGAUCACUAUAUCCGCGGCCGGACUUGGCUGUCUCCUACUUUUGCGCGGGAGCACAUUGACAAGCGUGGCGCGGAACUAGAGAAUUGUAAGGUUCCCGAUCGAAUCAGAGUUACGCCCCCUAACGUCAUAUUAGUCUCUUUCACUCCGGAGGAAAUCGAGAAUUUCAAAAAGGACCACCAGGCCUAUCAGAAAUUCCGCAAAGAGAUCGAGCUUGAGCUGCAGUCCGUCCACGGGGCAACCCUCAUCGGCACGCCCGAGCAAAUCGGAACCAGAGAUGUCUUCCUGCAGAACAUGAAGCGCCGGCUGUCACGCAAGCCCGAGCUUCUCGACGAGCUGACCCCGUCCUUCCCACCCAUCUGCCGCCGACUGACGCCCGGACCAGGGUAUCUAGAGGCGCUGACGGAUGACAAGGUGGACGUGAUCACGAGCGAGAUCGUCAAGGUCGAUGCCGAGGGCAUUAUCACGGCGGACGGAAAGCACCGUCCGAUCGACGUGCUGGUCUGCGCCACCGGCUUCGACACCACCUUUACGCCGCGGUUCCCCAUAAUCGGCCGGGACGGGGUGUCCUUGGCGGAUCGGUGGAAGCAGACGCCGGAGACGUACCUAUCUCUCGCGGUGGAUGGGUUCCCCAACUACUUCAUCAGCUUGGGACCGAACUCGGCGCUGGGCGAGGGCAAUCUGCUGCUCCUGAUUGAAAAGGAGCAGGACUACUUCACCAAGUGCGUGGAGAAGAUGCAGCGCGACAACAUCCGGGCGAUGAGCGUACGCAAGGACGCGGUGGAACGCUUCACGCAGCACUGCGAUCAAUACUUUGCACGGACGGUGUUUAGCUUGAAAUGCCGGAGUUGGUACAAGGGUGGCACGGAGGACGGACGGGUGACGGCGCUGUGGCCGGGAUCUUCGCUACACUCGCUGAAGACGCUGGCUAAUCCGCGGUGGGAGGAUUUCUCGUAUGAGUAUGUAAACGACAAUGCGAAUGGAUGGUUGGGAGACGGGUGGACGGAGAAUGAGAAGCACAAGGCGAUCAACGUGGAUUAUCUGGACGACGCGGAGGUUGAUUUCCCGGAGGCGUUGGUGGUAUAG